GCCAUGCACUCAACGAUCGACGUGCCUGCAGAAACAGAGUCCGGUGUGAACGGAGCUUCUAACGUACAACAAAGCAUGAGCAACACUGAAGCACCAAUGCACGAGUUUCCAUAAAAGAAAAGAAAAAGGGUUAUGAGAGAAGUGAGUAUAUGAAGCCACUUCGUCUUCUGAUUCAAAUUCCUCACCUACCAUCGACAAUCAUUUCAUCAACACUCACUUACAAAUCACACACUCUCUUAAUACAACCCAAGUUUCUUAUAAUAUAAUAAUCUUUCCUUUCUCGACUUCAUCGACAGCUUUCCAUUCAAGAUGCGUUUCACAACCAUCGUUACGGUCUCGUCCUUCGCCCUCAUGGGCAGCGCCGCCCCGGCCAAAGCCCCCGCUCUGUCCUCGUCGGCCAAGCUGCCUGUCCCCAGAAACGUGCCCAAGGUGCCUGCUACUUCUGGUAUACCUUCUCUCGACGUUGAGUCCGACAGGUCCGGCGGGCCGCUAAGGAUCCGCCAGGCGGACAGCUUGUUCGACGGCUUAUUCGACUACGGCAAGGGCACGCUAAAGAAGGAGAAGACAAAGGACGACAAGGAAGACAAGAAGAAGGCAGAUGACAAGAAGAAGGGGGAAGACGAGGAGGAGAGGCCCAAGGGAAACGACAAGGGUGACGACAACGACAAGUCUCCCCAGGGCGGCGAAUCCGGCGAGGGUGGUGAAUCCCAGGAGGGAGGUGCAGGCGGCGAGUCUAACGCCGGUGGCGAGGGUCCUCAGGGCGGCAAUGGCCCUCAGGGCGGCAAUGGCCCUCAGGGCGGCAAUGGUCCUCAGGGCGGCAAUGGUCCUCAGGGCGGUAAUGGCCCUCAGGGCGGCAAUGGCCCUCAGGGCGGCAAUGGUCCUCAGGGUGGCAAUGGCCCUCAGGGCGGCAAUGGUCCUCAGGGUGGCAAUGGCCCUCAGGGCGGUAAUGGCCCUCAGGGUGGCAAUGGUCCUCAGGGCGGCAAUGGUCCUCAGGGCGGCAAUGGUCCUCAGGGCGGCAAUGGCCCUCAGGGCGGUAAUGGCCCUCAGGGCGGCGAGACUCCUUCUGGAAGCGAGGCUACCCAUGAGGGGGGAGAGGCCCCUCAACAGGACGGUCAGUCCCAAGAAUACGGUUCCCAGUACAAGCGUCAAGCCGGGGAGUCUUCCAAGGAAUCCAAGGGCCACAAGGGUGACCACGGCUUCAACUACAAGAUCCUAGGAGACAAACGCCAGGCUCAAGAAUCCUCCGAGGGCGGCGAGCGCAAGGGCAAGGGCGACGACCAUGGCUUCAACUACAAGAUCCUAGGAGACAAGCGCCAGACUCGCGAGUCUUCCAAGGGCGGCAAGCACAACGACGGCUUCGACUACAAGAUUUUCAACAAGCGCCAGGCUCAAGGAUCCUCCGAGGGCGGCGAGCGCAAGGGCGGCAAGCACAACGACGGCUUCGACUACAAGGUUUUCAACAAGCGCCAGCUUGAGGGUAUCAAUAAUGUUCUUAACCCCAAGAAAGAGGAGUCCAAGAAAGAGGAGUCCAAGAAGGCGGAGACCGCCCAAGGUAACACCGAUCAAGGCAGCCAGACAGAGGGUGACGAUGAAUCGGGUAGCUCUGAAGCGAAGCGCCAGAUUGAUGAGCUGUACUAGCACGGUCAACUUUUGCUCAGCGAAAAGCGGCAAUGCCAAAUGCGACAAUCUUUGCUCUGUUGCCGGGGCUGCAGGCGUUUGCAAGGAGAACAAGAAGACUGGCAAGUGGGCCUGUGAGUGCAACGGUGGAAUGGUCGAGGAGGACGACAAAAAGGACAACAAGGAUAGCAAGGACAACAAGGAUAGCAAGGACAACAAGGAUAGCAAGGACAACAACAACGACAACAACGACGACGAGUGAAUCUAGCUUCGUAAGAUUCCGUCUUCUAUAAUGUCUUAAAUGGGGGAGUUUGAGCUUGCAGGAGGGGUUAGAUAUGGGGGGAAUACUAGGGGGAG